CAUAUACUUACGAGUUACGAAACUUACACCGUAAACAGCUCACCUCUCACUCGCAUACUCACAUGACACCGAACAUCAUAUUUUCAAUUACUCAUCAUCAUCGUCAUUAGUAUAAUCACCUUUUUUUAUUGCUUUAAAUUCUUGCCACAUUUCCAAAGAAAAGAAACGAAAAGAAAAGUUCGGGGUUAUUUUAAUCGGUGCGUUUGGUUUAGGGUUUCGUUUCUAAUGAACCCCACUACCCAAAUUCACUAUUAAAAUUAAACCCUACCUUUUAGUAGUAUGGAUGUGUUGCGUUCCGAUCAAUUUGAUAUCUUUAUCAUCUACAGACGAUUUUGCGAUAUAAAAGCAGUAACUUCUGAGAAGGAAGAUUACAGACGGAAUGAUGAAUCACAAAAAAAUGAAUACUUAAAGAUGGCACUGGCUGAGCUUUUGAACUCAGUAGAGUCACAAUUGCAUCCAAGGAUAUCUAUAAUUGACGAACUUUUCAAACUCAUGACUAGGCUUGAUCUAACGGUCGACUAUUCUGAAUUCUCACGGUUUUAUAAUUUUGUGUUCUUCAUUUGCCGGGAAAAUGGUCAAAAGAGUAUCACUGUAAGCAGGGCAGUUACAGCCUGGAGAUUGGUCCUAGCUGGAAGGUUUCGACUACUCAAUGAAUGGUGCAACUUUGUUGAGAAACAUCAGCGACAUAACAUCUCGGAGGAUACCUGGCGGCAAGUGUUAUCUUUUAGUCGAUGUGUACAUGAAAAUCUCGGAGGGUACGAUCCUGAAGGAGCUUGGCCUGUAUUAAUUGAUGAGUUUGUUGAGCAUAUGUACAGGUUGAAGGGAUCAAACGAUGUCCCGAAUUCUAAUUGUAGCUGUGGAGAUGUUGAAGCCCAACCAAGUUUGAAAAGCUUUCCUGGUCUAAAGAGGAAAACUGAUUAUAUUAAUCAGCAAGAAAUGGACAUCGACGACAAUUUUGCAAGUUACGAUAUUUGCAAGAGAAGGAAUAUUGGCAUCGUCAACAAGUUGUGGACCCCAGCAGAUAACGUGCAACUUGAUAGUAUAGAUGAAUACCUGGAAAACAACAUUAAACAAAGUACUAGUCCAUUGCGUGGCUCCAAAUCUCCAUGUGCUGUUGAAGGCUGUCUUGCCAAGGGUUUUGCAGGGCUCUUCUCAAGCCAAUCCCGGGUGCCAUUUGGUCGGGAAAGAAGAGUUUCGUGAAUAGUAUAAUUUGCCAUGUAUGCCAAGGGUUUUGCUGAGCUCUUCUAAACCCAGCCUCAUGUGCUAUUCGGCUGGAAAAGAGUUUCAUGAAUAGUUUCAUUUGCCAGAGCAUCGAGGGAUAUAAGCGGAGUUGGAUUAGUUUUUCCCAUAUAUAAGCUGUUAAUUUGGAUUUUUUAAUUUAUUUUUUUUUUUAACAGUGAGUUGAUGUGUGGAUUUGUUUUUGGUUUCAUGGUGCAAGUUAAUGGAGAUAUCCUAGCUAAUUACUUGAGGUUGGAAACAGGAAACCUGUUCACCCGGAACUACGUAUCAAAUAGUCUCCAAACUGAUAAGAGCAUAAUCUGGUUUCUUAAUUUCGAAAUUAGACCAGGCUUAUUAUAAUCUUUA